AUGACGUCUAGCGAGGUGCAUCUGCUGCCGCUCAACGACGAUGGUUCGCCUCAGGUCGGCGGGCAGGAUUAUAUCUACCUCGCAGCCACCUCUGAGGACCCCAUCAUUCUGCGCUUUGCCAUCGAGGGCACCUCGAGCAUCUGUCGCCAUGGAAGUCUCUGGGUAAACAUUCCCGAGAAGGGAAACGAGUUUCGCCGCGACAAGUUCCGCGAGUUCAAGCUGGUUCCUGACUUCCACCGAACCAUCCACAUUUCCAUCCCAAUUUACCACGCCGGUGCCUUUGCCUUUUACACGACUUACGCUGCCCUGCCUGACCUAUCGGUCGAGCUGUCCAACCGUGGCUCCUUCGAACAGCAGAAAAAGAAGACCCCGCUCUACUACGUCGAUGUCGCUCCGCGCUUGCAGCUCGACGGCCGUACGCUGCCGCUCGAGGCCCUCUCCGUCUUCUCCGUCAUCAGCAAGUUUAUGGGCCGAUACCCCGGCGACUGGGAGCGCCACUUGCGUGGAAUUAGCGACAGGGGCUACAACAUGAUCCACUUUACCCCUCUCCAGGUGCGCGGCGAGUCCAACUCUCCCUACAGCUUAUACGACCAGCUGGGAUGGGAUCCGGAGUGCUUUCCCACCGGCGAGAAAGACAUCAAGAAUCUGGUAACAAGCCUUAAGAAAGAUCACUCCCUCCUCAGCCUAACAGACAUUGUCCUCAACCACACGGCCAACAACAGCGCCUGGCUGUUGGACCACCCAGAAGCUGGCUACAAUCUCAAAACUGCACCCCACUUGGAGUCUGCGUAUCUUUUGGACGCCAAGCUGCUAGAUCUGAGUUGUCGCUUGGAGGAGCUAGGCCUCCCCACCGAGCUGAAGGACACCGAUGACUUGAUCAAGGUUAUGGACGCCAUAAAGUCUGAAUGCAUUACCGGUAUACGUCUCUGGGAAUACUACGCCAUCAAUGUCGAACGCAACGCCAGCGAUGCUAUAGAAAGUUGGACUCUUGGCCAGACGUCCAUUCCUGAUGAUUUCUCUGGCGCAGAGGAACUCGCGUUUCUAAAGACCGCCAACUUGAAGAGCCAAGUCGAGUUCAUUGAAAAGCAUGCACUCCUUGGCACCGAUCGCCUUGGCGAACGGUACCGAAAGAGAAUCGAGCCUCAGACGGCUGCAGCCCUUCUCACCGCUAUCUUUGGCGAGUACCAGGAGACGCCUGAUGACGCAGACAAAAAGGCUGCUCAUGCCAAACUGGUGGAAAUAAUCGAUUCCUUGAAUGUGCCCCUUUACGCAGAAUACGAUUCCGACUGUACCGAGAUUCUCCAGCAGCUCUUCAACCGUAUCAAAUAUUGUCGUCUCGACGAAAACGGACCCCAACAAGGCCCCAUCACCUCGUACUCGCCACUGGUUGAAACAUACUUCACAAGGCUGCCACGGAACGAGAAGACACUGAAAAGCAGCAUCGAGGAGCUGGUCUUGGUGAACAAUGGCUGGGUGUGGGGCGGAAACGCUAUGGUCGACAAUGCUGGUCCCCAGUCUCGGGUGUAUUUGCUCAGACAAGUCAUCGUUUGGGGCGACUGUGUCAAACUGCGAUAUGGAGAUGGCCCUUCUGACAGCCCUUGGCUGUGGGAGCACAUGACGAAGUAUGCUCGCAUGCUCGCUACCUACUUUGCCGGUUUUCGCAUCGACAAUGCCCAUUCGACACCGAUGCAUGUGGCUGAACACAUUCUUGACGAAGCUCGCCGAGUCAACCCCAACCUGUACGUUGUGGCCGAGCUUUUUACCGGGUCCGAAGAGAUGGACUUCAUUUUUGUCAAACGCCUGGGACUGUCGUCCCUCAUCAGGGAGGCCAUGCAAUCCUGGAGUACGGCUGAGAUGAGCCGUCUGGUGCACCGACACGGCGGCCUACCUAUUGGCAGUUUCGAUACCGACGAGCGCAAGUACUCUGAUGUCAAACCUGUUAAUGGCGACCAGAAGGAUAGCAACGGCUGCAAUGGAAACGAAGACCUACGCCGGGAGAUCGUUCUCCGAAUUCGCCCUUCUCCCGUGCAGGCCCUGUUCAUGGACUGCACCCACGACAACGAGGUGCCGGCCCAGAAGCGUGAUGCCCGAGACACACUGCCCAAUGCAGCCUUAGUUAGCAUGUGCGCUUCCGCGACCGGCAGUGUCAUGGGCUACGACGAGAUCUACCCACGUCUGGUCGACCUGGUCCAGGAAAAGCGUCUGUACUCUUCCGAGUCCUCAACCCGCCCCGUGAAGAUUGGCAGUGGGCGCAAUGGCAUUGGCGGCGUCAAGAAACUUCUAAACCAGAUCCAUGUACUUAUGGGCAAAGAUGGAUAUGCGGAAACGCACAUUCACCACGAGGACCAGUACAUCACAGUUCACCGUGUCCAUCCAGAGAGCCGUCGGGGAUAUUUCCUGAUCGCCCACACCGCUUAUCCUGGAUAUGGAAAUGGCAAUGGUGCCUUCAGCUCGGUGCACUUGGCAGGCACGAGGGCCCGCCACCUCGGAAGCUGGACUCUGGAGGUCGAUACUAGUGAAGAAGCAACCAAGGCCACCCUGGAAGACAAAAAGUUUCUCCGUGGACUACCCAGCCGUGUUGUUGAUCUUCCCGGAAUACGGAUGGACGUGAAUGGAGGUGAUACGAACAUCACCGUCCGUGACAAAUUUCCCCCAGGCAGCAUAGCUCUCUUCGAAACCUGGAUCUCUGCAGAGCACUCGACUGGUCUGGACACGUUUGUGACCUCUGGGGCCAAGGAAGCCUUUGGCAAGCUCGACCUGGUCGAUCUCAACUUCGUGCUCUACCGCUGUGAGGCGGAGGAGCGGGACUCGAGUAACGGAAAAGAUGGCGUCUACACCAUUCCAGGGUACGGUCAGCUCGUGUACGCAGGUCUACAAGGCUGGUAUAGCAUCCUCAAGAACGUCAUGCGUGACAACGACCUGGCACACCCGCUGUGCCAGAACCUGCGGGAUGGCCAAUGGGCUCUAGACUACAUUUCUGGACGCUUGGAGCGCAUGUCUGAGAACCCAGCUUACAGCCGUCUGGCCGAUCCUGCAGCUUGGUUCAGGGAACGAUUUGAUCCCGUCCGCAAGAUACCGGGAUUCUUACUUCCUCGCUACUUCGGUCUCAUAAUGCGUGCCGCAUAUCAGGCCUGUUGUGACCGUACGGUGGCCCUCUUAGCGCCCGACGUCCGAGAUGGCCAAUGGUUUGUGCAGAGUCUGGCGCUGGUCAGCAUUCAGCAGACCGGCCUCGUGAAGUCUGGCUCGCUGUAUCCCAACAGAGCAGUCCCUUCCUUGGCCGCCGGACUGCCACAUUUCUCGGUGGAGUGGGCACGAUGCUGGGGUCGAGACGUCUUUAUCUCAAUGCGCGGCCUGUUCCUCGGGACGGGGAGGUUUGCAGAGGCCAAGGAGCACAUCCUUGCCUUUGCAAGCGUUCUCAAGCAUGGCAUGAUUCCGAACUUGCUCAGCUCUGGCAACAACCCUCGAUACAAUGCCCGUGAUGCGGUCUGGUUCUUUUUACAAUGCGUCCAAGACUACAUCAAGCUGGCUCCAGAUGGGGAGGACUUGCUCAAAGUGAGGGUGAAGCGGCGUUUCCUGCCAAACGACGAUACCUGGUUUGACGUGAACGAUCCCCGGGCAUAUUCCGCCGAGAGCACUAUCGAAGACGUCAUCCAGGAGGCUCUCCAGCGGCAUGCAACAGGUCUCUCUUUCCGAGAAGCGAACGCUGGCCCUGGUCUCGAUAUGCAGAUGAAAGACGAGGGCUUCAACAUCGAGGUCCACGUGGACUGGAGCAACGGGUUGAUUUUUGGCGGCAACCAGUCGAACUGUGGGACAUGGAUGGACAAGAUGGGUGAGAGUGAGCGUGCGGGCUCCAAAGGAGUCCCUGGCACGCCACGAGACGGAUCUGCUGUGGAAAUUUCCGGCCUUCUUUACAGCACGCUUGCGUGGCUUGGCAGCCGCCGUGCCGCUGGUGGUUUCGCAUAUGAGGGCGUGACGAAGGCAGAUGGCACGUUUGUGUCCUUCAAGGACUGGGCAGGCCUGGUCCGCUACAACUUCGAGCGAUGCUACUACGUGCCGCUGGAGCCAGCUGACGAUGCUAAGUACGAUGUGAACUCCAAGAUUGUCAAUCGACGAGGGAUCUACAAGGAUCUGUACCGUGCCGGCAAAGAAUACGAAGACUACCAGCUGCGGCCCAACUUCACCAUAGCCAUGGCGGUAGCCCCAGAGCUCUUUGUGACGGAGCAUGCCAUCAAUGCUCUCUGCGUGGCCGACAAGGUGUUGCGCGGGCCCACAGGUAUGGCGACGCUGGACCCAGCAGAUCUCAACUACCGGCCGUACUACGUCAACAGCGAAGACAGCACCGACUUUGCCACGUCCAAGGGCCGCAACUACCACCAGGGCCCUGAGUGGCUCUGGCCAACGGGCUUCUUCCUGCGGGCGCUGCUCAAGUUUGACCUUUUGAGACGGGGCGCUGACGACAUCGAGAGCCAUACGGAGGCAUUUCAGCAGGUGACGCGCCGGCUGAUCGGGUGCAAGCAGCAAAUCCAAGAGAGCCCCUGGGCUGGUUUGACUGAGCUGACACAAAAAGAGGGCGCUUACUGUGCCGAUUCGUCCCCGACACAAGCCUGGUCGGCAGGCUGUCUCAUCGACGUGUACAUGGAUGCAGCUGAGGAACAGAGGAAACGCAAGGCCACAAAGGUGGUCGUGCGUUGA